GCUCAACGUCGAUCACUCUUCUUUUGAGCUUGUGUCGAGUCAAAAUCCAUCAUGGUGCAACCUUUGCUGAUGGGGCUGGACAGAAGCUAGCGCGAAGGGCAGCCAUUCCAAACUACAUUAUCAUGAGGCUGCAGCUUCGCAUGAUGAGAUAGAUGCUGACGAUGAUAAAAAACCGCCGGUUGAGGGAAAUGUGGAGGGGGACAUCACUCAACUUACGGGAAGGAAGAAGAAAUUGUUUGAGUUAAGGCCUAAGAUGAAUGAGGCGAGGAAGGCUAAUCAAACUGCAAUGGCCCACCCGGACUGCAGGAACACAUCGAAUCCGUACCAUGAAUGCAGUGCAUAUUGCUUCAGAAUCAUCGCUGAGGCCAAAGCUCGUGAUCAGAGAGAUUCAGAAGUAGAAGAAGCUAGCAAAGAGGGCAGCCAUUCUAAGCUACCUUAUCAUGAGGUUGCAGCUUCGCGUAAUUUGAUAGAUUAUGCUGAAGAGCCUGCUGACGAUGAUAACAAACCGCCGGUACAGGAAAAUGUGGAGGGGGACAUCACUAAACUUACAGGAAGGAAGAAGAAAUUGUUGGAAUUAAGGCCUAAGAUGAAUGAGGGAAGGAGGGCUAAUCAAACUACAAUGGCCCACCCGGACUGCAGAAACACGUCGAAUCCAUACCACGAAUGCAGUGCAUAUUGCUUCAGAAUCAUCGCUGAGGCCAAAGCUCGUGAUAGGAGAGAUUCGGAAGUAGCGGACGCUAACGCAGAGGGCAGCCACUCUAAGCUACCUUAUCAUGAGGUUGCAGCUUCGCGUGAUGAGAUAUAUGAUGCUGAAGAGCUUGCUAACGAUGAUAACAAACCGCCAGUUGAGGAAAAUGUGGAGGGGGACAUCGCUAAACUUACAGGAAGGAAGAAGAAAUUGUUUGAUUUAAGCCCUAAGAUGAAUGAGGCGAGGAAGGCUAAUCAAACUGCAGUGGCCUACCUGGACUGCAGGAAUGUGUCGAAUCCGUACCACGAAUGCAGUGCAUAUUGCUUCAGAAUCAUCGCUGAGGCCAAAGCUCAUGAUAAGAGAGGUUCGGAAGUAACAGAAGCUAGCGCAGAGGGAAGCCAUUCUAAGCUAUCUUAUCAUGAGGUUGCAGCUUCGCGUGAUGAGAUAGAUGCUGAAGAUGAUAACAAACCGCCGGUUGAGGAAAAUGUGGAGGGGGACAUCACUAAACUUACAGGAAGGAAGAGGAAAUUGUUUGAGUUAAGGUCUAAGAUGAAUGAGGCGAGGAAGGCUAAUCAAACUGCAAUGACCCACCCAGACUGCAGGAACGCUUCGAAUCCAUACCAUGAAUGCAGUGCAUAUUGCUUCAGAAUCAUCACUGAGGCCAAAGCUCGUGAUAGGAGAGAUUCGGAAGUAUCAGAAGCUAGUGCAGAGAGCAGCCAUUGUAAGCUACCUUAUCAUGAGGUUGGAGCUUCGCGUGAUGAGAUAGAUGAUGCUGAAGAGCCUGCUGACGAUGAUAACAAACCGCCGGUGCAGGAAACUGUGGAGGGGCACAUCACUAAACUUACAGGAAGGAAGAAGAAAUUGUUUGAGUUAAGGCCUAAGAUGGUGUGUAAUUUAACUUGAACUAAAGCCAAUCUCUUUUCCAACAUAAACGAUUUAAGUUUUGUUUGUUUGAUUUUUCAGUAUUGUACUUUAAGGAAAUCGAUAGCCUCUCUUAUGUCUUUCUUUUGUUCGGUGGAAUGAGGCGAGGAAGGCUAAUCAAACUACAUUGGUGGCUGAAAAUAAAAAGUUGGAAGCUCCAACUGAGUUGAGGGGUAUCUCUAAGCAAAAGUGGCUAGACGAUAGGAAGAAAAAGAUUGGGAAACUUCUUGAUGCUAGUGGUCUUGAUGUGUCAAAGGCAUAUACACUAGAUACACAGGAGAUGGCCGCGACUAAAUAUAUGAAUGGGAAAAGGAUCCUGCUCCUUACGGUUGGGUUGGUACGUAUUCAAUCUGCUGAUGAACCUGGUAUGUUUGUGCUUCUCUUUGCUUAUUGCGUGCGUGCAUUUGUUACAUACUAGUUUCUGUCCUACGUACUCUAGUAGCUUCCUUCUUUUUGUUUUCGUUGUUUCGAGCCAUGGGGUGGUUGCUUGGUGAAAUUUGAUGUAUGUAGUGCUAAUAAGAGUGGGUGAUGUGCUGUAUUUCCUUUUUCCCUAUUAGUUUUAGUUGAAGCACAUAACUUUAUUUUACCUGCAGUUGCAUGAAAUGUCAUCAAAGAUAUUUACUUUACCUAGAGCGUUUAGGCUUGGUCAUUUGUCCUGAUACAGGGGAUCGUCACUGAAAAACAAAAUGCAAGAUGGAGCAUUUUUAUUAUAGAGAGACAUGUGUCCUAGCUAGAUAUGAUGUAUUUGUUCUUAAAGGACUAAUGCAGUUUCUCCAACAGUCUUCAACCAGAAGAUUCCUUAUAUUGCAUUCAAGAAGCGCACGAAGAAUAUAGAUAUUGACUUAGACGAAUAUAACAAAAUGAAAGAAGCUGAUCCCAAGUCUUCAAUAUGGCAAGGUAAAUCAAGGAUAAUUUUUCCCCGCCGCUGGUUAUAUGCUCAUUUGAAGUUUAACUAGCUCAUGUUACCUUAUUGUGCCGGCACCUAAGGUUUCCGAGGAUAAGAUUGACAAAAUGGUACAGCAACUCAAAGACUGGGAUGAAAAGCGCAAGUCCUUUAGUAGGGAGAGGAGAUUCCAUGACGAGAAAGACAUUGACUCUACCAAUGACCGCAAUGAGCACUUCAACAAGAAGAUUGAACGUGCCUUUGGGAAAUACACCCUUGAGAUUAAAAACAACCUUGAGCGAGGAAUUGCUUUGCCUGACUGAGAGGUACUUGAUGGUUUGUUGCCUUGGAUUUUGUCCUGGAUCUUAUUUCUAGUGGUGUAAGUGCACUGAAUCGAAGCAAAGAACUUCUGCUGCUUUUCUCUGCUAUUGCAGAGUCAUAAAUUGUAGAAUUAUCUGGUGUAAAAGAUGCGCUUUUAGAUUA